AUGCGGGGGAACGCCGGGAUCUACUGCGUCUGCGAGAUACCCGGCAAGCCGCACACCAGGUUCCAGACCGGCGUCGCCGACGACGUCCGCAACCCUGCGUGGGAGGGCGAGGACCACGUGCACACCAUUGAGGACUACGUUGCCGGGGAGCCCCUCACCAUCACCUUGCUCCAGGACGGCGGCGCAGGCAACCACGAGCCGAGCACCGUGGGGGUCGCCACUCUGCAGAGCUCAAGCUUCUACCCAGGCGGCUUCCAGGGCGAGGCGCCGCUCCUCGAGGGCUCGGGCUCCGCCGCUGUCGGCGCUCGGCUGCAGCUCUGCGUGCGCGCACCCGCGGCGGAGGAGCAGGCGGCGACCUCGCCCUCGGGCCACAACGUCGCCGACGUGACCGUGCAGGUGGACACGUUCACGGGGCUGCGGCGGCGGGAGGACCAGCCGCCAGGCCGGCCCCACACGUACCUGCUGAGGGCUGUGUGGGUCGGGCAAGACGGCGGCCUCAGAACGCCGGAACGACUGGGUGCGCAGAGCAAGGCGGGCGGCGACGGCGAGGAGGACUGCACGUUCAAGCAGCAGAUCAAGCUCCGAGCCGCUCCCGGGGUCGACGAGCUCGUCGUGGGGCUCUUCCGGCUGAUCGACGGCACCGCCGAGGACGAGCUCAUUGGAGCGUGCAAGCUGGACACCCGGAACCCGGACCACUGCAAGGUGCACACUCACCCUGUGAUGGACCGCGACAACACGCCCACGGGGGCCAUCGCGAAAAUGAAGCUCAAGGUCACGAUGCGCGACGGCGGGGAUGCCAAGCGCGCGGUCACGCCGAUGCUCCAGAUGCCCGACGACACCGACCAGGAGUGGCCGCCGGCGUCCUCUCCGGGCUCCCUGCCGAGCACCGCGAGAGGACGCUUCACCCCGCCGGGCAGGGCCCCGCCACGGUCGCCGCGGAGCCGGAUAGACCCUUUCGACGGCGCCCCCGACCGCGUGCACGAGCUUUACGCCGAGCACGAGCACAGGCGAGCCAGGCGGGAGCAGCUGGUGGCGGCCAAGGAGGAGGAGGAGCUGCUGGCCCUCGAGUCCGAGCGCGAGGCGCUUAAGAGGAACCGACAACUCCAUAGGGGUGCCACCGAUAAUCUGAGCCCCACGAAGGCUUCAGAACGGCUUUACAACGACGCCCACCGCCGCAGGGUCCGCAUCGAGGCGAAGGUGCGGGAGCAGGACGGCCUGCUGAAGGCGAAGCCGUCGCCGAGGGCCAGCGUGGACCCGCACGCGGUCAGCAACAGGCUCUACGAGGAGCACCAGCGGCGAAUCCAGGUCCAGGAGAAGAGGAGGCACGAGAAGGAGGCGCGGGAGGCGCGGGAGAUCGACGAGCUGCAGCGCAGGGCGCCGCCGGCGGGCCGCGCGGGGGAGGCCAGGCACGAGCAGAUGUACGCCGAGGCGGAGGCGAAGAGGGAGAGGCUCGACAAGAUGAGGAGGGCUGCGGAGGAGCGCGAGGCACAGAUGCGCAGCCCCGUGACGAACGGUGCGCGCAGAACCGCUGCGAACCCGCAGCGGUUCGAGCAGCUGUACGAGGACCACGAGAACAGGCAGAUGCGGAUGAUGAAGCUGCAGAAGGACUUCCAGGCAAACCAGGAGGCGAGACUGGCAAGCGAAGCGUACCGGGCGCCGCGGUCGCCGAACUGGGCGUCUCCCAGCAGGCACGCGGUCUGCGUGGUCCUGGCGGCCGUUCGCGGAGUGGACUGCGGUCGUCUGCUGGACCCGGCCAGCCCGGCCCCGCUCGAGGCCGUGAAGGAGGCGGUGCAGGAGGCCCUCGCGACGGAGGCCGAGCUGCCCUGGGACGGCGCCGCCAUCGCGGCGAACAUGACCACGGAGAUCUCCGAGGGCGACGGCGGUGCGCUCGCGCUGCGGACGACGAUUGAGCUGCCCGCGGGCCUGGCGCAGGCGGCCCAGGAUGCGCUGGACUCGUCCGCGGACUUGUGCGAGGUGUUGGCCAAGGCCGUCGAGGACGAGUGCACCGAAGAGAUAUUCGUGGACGAGCUGGUCGUGAGCAACAUAUCCGUCUCCCUUGUGGCCGGGACCCCCGCCAGCGCCAGGCGGACGGCGUCGCCCGGCUCGCGCCUCCUGGCCGGCACGCAGUCCAGCAACAGCCGCACCCAGUCUCACCCGUCCACGAAGCCGCCGCCGCCGGAGCUGAAAACUGCGGUCGACUACGCCGUGGCGGCCGUGGUCUCGGCGGUUCAGCUGCGUUCCGGAGCAGGGGGCGACGCGCAGCCCAGCAGCGCGGAGCUCAGGGCGCUCGCCGCGUCGCUGCGGCCCGCGCUGGGCGCGUACAGCAACGCGCAGUCCGCGUGCGAGAAGGUCGAGGGCUACAGCGCCCUGUGCCAGCGGGGCUCCCACAGGCUGUUCCAGGGCGGGCUGCUCCCGGACGCCCAGGCGUGGCAGCAGGGCCGGGACCUCGACCCCAUCCGUCAGGUGAGGGACGACCUCGACGAGCUCCUGGCGACCGCGGGGCGGGCUCAGGCUAUGCUGCAGGAGCUGGUUGCGCCGGAGGCGGACGCGGGAGCGUGGGCUCCAGGCCGCACCGUGCCGUUCCCGUCGGGGGUGCCGCGGGCGGCGUUCGCGUACAGCUCCGGGCCCAAGUCCAGAGAGGACGCGUUCGCCAAGGCCAGGAUUCGCUACGCGCCGGCAGAGGGAGAACUGAGCUUCAGGCACGUGCUGGACUUCGCCCAAGUGGCGAUUGUCUUCCCCACGUGCGAGACGCUGCUGUUCGGCCUGGAAGACAUCGUGCGGAGGCUGGACGUCGUGGGCGUGCGCAACCGCUUCGCCGCGCCCGCGGGGCGCCUGGGGCGCAGGCACGUGGACGUGCUCGUGGCCGGGCGCUCGCAGGCGACGGCGACGCCGCGGAGACCGUUCCGCACGUGUGCGAGAUCAGGCUCGAGGACGCGGCGUUCCACGGUGCCCGCGAGCAGGCCUCCGCCUCGCUGGACGCCUUCGUGA